AUGGCCGAUAAUGAUGGUGCACGCCAAUUUACCGUGUUCUGUAUACUUUGUUGUGUGUAUCUAUGGCGGUCCGAGAGUGGAUUUGCCGGAAGUCGACACUCUCGGCCAACUGGAGCUUUUGCUCGUGAAAUCAACGGAAAGCAAAGAUGGAAUGGGGGCAGAUUGAUGAAGGAGGAAGUGGCUCGUCUCGUCUGGAUUAACGAUGGACCGAGAAAGGACACGGAAAACCACAGCGAUGUGAUCAAAUUGGUAGUUGAGGUGGUCGUGGCAAAGCUGAAGACAAAACAUAGAUCGGUGACGGAACAUUUAGUUGGAAUUGAUGAUCGAGUUGUAGCAGUAACCGAACUAUUAGACGUCGACUCUGGCGGUGUGCAGCUCAUUGGAAUUCAUGGCAUGGGGGGUAUCGGAACAAGGAGCAUUGACGAAAUUGAUUAUGGAAUGAAGAGGACUGGAGAAGCACUUAGCAAUAAAAGAGUCCUCAUUGUGCUUGAUGUUGCUAACAGCGAACAAGUGGAGAAAUUAGUUGGAGGGAGUACUUUGUAUUCAGGAUCUAGAAUAUUGAUUACAACUAGAAAUAAAGAUGCUUUGCGAAUCAAUAGACCAAACUAUCAAGUCUUACAAUAUGAAAUGGAGGUGAUGAGUAGUGAUCGUGCGCUUGAACUUUUUAGUAAGCAUGCAUUUAACAAAGACUCUCCAUCAGAUUAUUACAAUGAUCUUUCAAGAGAAAUCGUAUCUGCUGCUGGGAAACUUCCAUUUGCUCUUGAAGUAAUUGGUUUGUUCCUCUUUGACAAAAGGCAACAAAUAUGGAAAGAGACAUUGGAGAAGUUAAGCAAAGCACCUCACGAGGAUGUUUUUGGAAAGUUGAAGAUCAGCUAUGAUUCCUUAAGUUACGAGCAACAACAAAUUUUCCUUGAUAUUGCAUGCUUUUUCAUUGGUAAGCAUACGAUGUACGCAAUUUACAUGUGGAAGGACUGUGAUUUUUUCCCGGAUAUUGGAGUUGAUGUCCUCAUUAGCAUGUCAUUGGUAAAGAUUGUGGAAAAUACGUUUUGGAUGCACGAUCAACUCAGAGAUCUUGGAAGCGGUAUCUUCCUUGGGAUUUCAAAUCUUCAUUAUUUGUGUUUUUAUUGA